GGCUACCGCUGCUGCUACCGUCGCUGAUAUUGCGGGGAGUGGAGGGCCGUGACGUCUGCGGCGCGCUCCCGCGCCCUUCUCCUUCCUCCUCCUCGUCCCUGCGCCUGGUGCCGCGCAGUGUGAGCGCGCCCGCCCUGUGAAGGCAAAGAGAGAGAUAACGGCCGAGGCUGCCCCCGCCGGCACCCAUGGGAGGGUGUGUGGGCACUCACCACGACUCCUCGGGCAGCCUGAACGAGAACUCGGACGGGACCGGAGUGGCCUUAGGACGUAAUCAACCUCUGAAGAAAGACAAGCCUAAAUGGAAAAGUGACUACCCUAUGACUGAUGGACAGUUGCGCAGCAAAAGGGAUGAAUUCUGGGAUACUGCACCGGCAUUUGAAGGUCGUAAAGAGAUUUGGGAUGCUUUGAAGGCUGCAGCACAUGCUUUUGAGAGCAAUGACCAUGAACUGGCCCAAGCAAUCAUUGAUGGUGCAAGUAUAACAUUACCGCACGGUGCCCUUACUGAGUGCUAUGAUGAACUGGGAAACCGCUACCAGCUACCUGUUUACUGCCUUGCCCCUCCCAUUAAUAUGAUUGAGGAGAAGAGCGAUACAGAAACUUUGGACAUACCGGAGCCACCUCCAAAUUCUGGACAUGAAUGCCAGCUGCGACUACGCCUCUCCACAGGAAAGGACCUUAGGCUAUUGGUGCGCAGCACGGACACUGUAUAUCACAUGAAGCGGCGCCUCCACACUGUUGAAGGGGUUGAACCAGCCAGUCAGCGAUGGUUCUUCUCGGGGCGGCCACUGACAGACAAAAUGAGACUGGAGGAGUUGAAGAUUCCCAAGGACUAUGUAGUACAAGUUAUAGUGAGCCAACCUAUUCCACAUCCUACACCGGUAGAGAAUUGACCAUCUCAAACAUGCACACCGUCCUUCUCUUUAUUCAAGUCACUCCUUGCUAUGUUUGUACGCAGCCUGUAACUUUCUCUUUUUUUUU